AUGAUCGCCUCAGGCCUAUUCUACGGUGUUCUGGCCGCUGUUGCCACCGCCGUCUCCGCCCACUCUUCCUCCGGGCUCAGCACGACGACUUCGACCAGCACCAUGACCAGGACCAUCACAAUCACCGCGUGCAACCCGUCGGUCACCAACUGCCCGGGUCGCAACACCAGCACCACCAGCAUCAGCACCACCGCCGCUGUCCCUACCAUCAUCUUGCCGAGCGCCAACCUGACCUCGGCCAUGCCCACCCCGUCCAGAAACUCGACUGGCUACGUCCAGCCGACCUUGUCGCCCAAGACCUCCACCGCAGGUGUUGUUCGCCCAUCAACCGCCCCGCAGCCUCCCGCCGCUACCGUGCCUCCUACUGGUGCCGGUACCUCUGUCUUUGUGCAGAGCGGCCUCAUGCUCGGUGUUCUCGGUGCUGGUAUUGCCAUCCUGGCAUAA